CUCUUCCAGGUGAACUAUGACCACUUUACUCUUGGUGUUUGUGACUCUGAGGGUCAUCACCGCAGCUGUCUCAGUAGAAGUUUCAGACCCUGACAACUCACUGAGUGUCAGCAUCCCCGAACCAUCCCCACUGCGGGUCCUCCUGGGGACCUCCGUCACCAUCCCCUGCUAUUUCAUCGACCCCAUGCACCCUGUGACCACCGCCCCCUCCACCGCCCCCCUCGCCCCGAGAAUCAAGUGGAGCCGCAUUUCCAAGGAGAAGGAGGUGGUGCUGCUGGUGGCCACUGAAGGACAGGUGCGGGUCAACAGUGCCUACCAGGACAAGGUCUCGCUGCCCAACUAUCCCGCCAUCCCCAGCGACGCCACCUUGGAAAUUCAGAGCCUGCGCUCCAAUGACUCUGGGGUCUACCGCUGCGAGGUGAUGCACGGCAUCGAGGACAGCGAGGCCACCCUGGAGGUCGUGGUGAAAGGCAUUGUGUUCCAUUACAGAGCCAUCUCCACGCGCUACACCCUGGACUUCGACAGGGCGCAGCGAGCCUGCCUGCAGAACAGCGCCAUCAUCGCCACACCCGAGCAGCUGCUGGCCGCCUAUGAGGACGGCUUCCACCAGUGUGACGCCGGCUGGCUGGCCGACCAGACCGUCAGAUAUCCCAUCCACAUUCCACGGGAAGGCUGCUAUGGGGACAAAGACGAGUUUCCCGGUGUGAGAACCUAUGGCAUCCGAGACACCAAUGAGACCUAUGAUGUGUACUGCUUCGCCGAGGAGAUGGAGGGUGAGGUCUUUUAUGCGACGUCUCCAGAGAAGUUCACCUUCCAGGAGGCCGCCAAUGAGUGCCGGCGGCUGGGCGCCCGGCUGGCCACCACGGGCCAGCUGUACCUGGCCUGGCAGAGCGGCAUGGACAUGUGCAGUGCUGGCUGGCUGGCCGACCGCAGCGUGCGCUACCCCAUCUCCAAGGCCCGGCCCAACUGUGGGGGCAACCUCCUAGGUGUGAGGACCGUCUAUCUGCACGCCAACCAGACAGGAUACCCGGACCCCUCAUCCCGCUACGACGCCAUCUGCUACACAGGUGAAGACUUUGUGGACAUCCCAGAAAACUUCUUUGGGGUGGGCGGUGAAGAGGACAUCACUGUCCAGACAGUGACCUGGCCUGAUGUGGAGCUGCCCCUGUCCCGGAACGUCACCGAGGGCGAAGCCCAAGGCAACGUGAUCUUGACCAUGAAGCCCAUCUUUCCCGGCUCCCCGACUGCCCUGGAGCCUGAGGAACCUUUCACAUCGGCCCCCGACGUGGAGGCCACUGCCAUCCCUGAGGCCGAGAGUGGGACUGAAGAGGCCACCGGGCCCUGGGCCUUUCCUGAGGAGUCCACACCUGGCCUGGGCCCCGCCACGGCUUUUACCAGCGAGGACCACGUCGUGCAGGUGACUGCAGCCCCAGGUGCAGCUGAGGUCCCUGGGCGGCCACGAUUGCCCGGAGGAGUCGUGUUCCACUACCGCCCGGGCUCUGCCCGCUACUCACUGACCUACGAGGAGGCGCGGCAGGCCUGCCUGCGCACCGGAGCGGUCAUCGCCUCUCCCGAGCAGCUGCAGGCCGCCUACGAAGCGGGCUACGAGCAGUGUGACGCCGGCUGGUUGCAGGACCAGACCGUCAGAUACCCCAUUGUGAGCCCGCGGACCCCGUGUGUGGGCGACAAGGACAGCAGCCCUGGGGUCAGGACGUAUGGCGUGCGCCCACCAUCGGAAACCUAUGAUGUCUACUGCUACGUGGACAAGCUUGAGGGGGAGGUGUUCUUUGCCACACGCCAGGAACAGUUCACCUUCCAGGAAGCCCUGGAGUUCUGUGAAUCCCAAAAUGCCACACUGGCCUCCACGGGCCAGCUCUAUGCCGCCUGGAGCCUCGGCCUGGACAAGUGCUACGCUGGCUGGCUGGCCGACGGCAGCCUCCGCUACCCCAUAGUCACCCCUCGGCCCGCCUGUGGCGGGGACAAGCCCGGCGUGAGAACCGUCUACCUCUACCCCAACCAGACAGGCCUCCUCGACCCGCUGUCCCGGCACCACGCCUUCUGCUUCCGAGGUGUCUCAGCUGCACCCCCUCCAGGCGAAGAGGAGGGUAGCACACCUACAUCACCGUCCGACUUAGAAGACUGGAUAGUGACCCAAGUGGGACCUGGUGUGGCUGCUGUCCCCUUAGGGGAAGAGACGACUGCAAUCCGAGAUUUCACCAUUGAGCCAGAAAACCAGACGGCAUGGGAAUCAGCCUACACCCCAGCGGGCACUUACCCAUUGCCAGGGGUCCCCCCUACGUGGCCUCCCACUAAUGCAGCAACAGAGGAGAGCACAGAAGGCUCUUCUGCAACAGAAGGGCCCUUGGCCUCGGAGGAGCCGUCCCCCUCAAAGGAGCUGUUCCCCUCAGAGGAGCCGUUCACACCUUCACCCCCACUUCCCAGCAGGACAGAGCUACCAGGCUCUGGGGAGACAUCUGGGGCACCAGAAGUCAGUGGUGACUUCACAGGCAGUGGAGAAGCCUUGGGGCCCCUGGACUUGAGUGGGCAGCCCUCGGAAGACCUUGACUCCAGUGGUCUCACCUCUACAGUGGGCUCGGGCCUGCCUCUGGGAAGUGGACUGGCCUCAGGGGAUGAAUAUAAAAUUACGUGGUCCAACACUUCUGAAGUUGGUGGGCUGCCCUCUGGAAGUGAGGGCCUAGAGGGCUCUGUCUCUGGAGUAGAGGACCUCAGUGGACUGCCUUCUGGAGAAGGUCCAGGAGCCACUGCCUCUGGAGUAGAGGACGUCAGUGGACUUCCUUCUGGAGGAGAGGGGCCCUUGGCCUCGGAGGAGCCGUCCCCCUCAAAGGAGCUGUUCCCCUCAGAGGAGCCGUUCACACCUUCACCCCCACUUCCCAGCAGGACAGAGCUACCAGGCUCUGGGGAGACAUCUGGGGCACCAGAAGUCAGUGGUGACUUCACAGGCAGUGGAGAAGCCUUGGGGCCCCUGGACUUGAGUGGGCAGCCCUCGGAAGACCUUGACUCCAGUGGUCUCACCUCUACAGUGGGCUCGGGCCUGCCUCUGGGAAGUGGACUGGCCUCAGGGGAUGAAUAUAAAAUUACGUGGUCCAACACUUCUGAAGUUGGUGGGCUGCCCUCUGGAAGUGAGGGCCUAGAGGGCUCUGUCUCUGGAGUAGAGGACGUCAGUGGACUUCCUUCUGGAGAAGGUCCAGGAGCCACUGCCUCUGGAGUAGAGGACGUCAGUGGACUUCCUUCUGGAGAAGGUCCAGGAGCCACUGCCUCUGGAGUAGAAGAUGUCAGUGGACUUCCUUCUGGAGAAGGUCCAGGAGCCACUGCCUCUGGAGUAGAGGACGUCAGUGGACUUCCUUCUGGAGGAGAGGGUCAUUUAGAGACCUCUGCGGGUCACGUGGAGACCUCUACCUCUGGAGUAGAGGACGUCAGUGGACUUCCUUCUGGAGGAGAGGGUCACGUGGAGACCUCUACCUCUGGAGUAGAGGACGUCAGUGGACUUCCUUCUGGAGGAGAGGGUCACGUGGAGACCUCUACCUCUGGAGUAGAGGACGUCAGUGGACUUCCUUCUGGAGGAGAGGGUCACGUGGAGACCUCUACCUCUGGAGUAGAGGACGUCAGUGGACUUCCUUCUGGAGGAGAGGGUCACGUGGAGACCUCUACCUCUGGAGUAGAGGACGUCAGUGGACUUCCUUCUGGAGGAGAGGGUCACAUGGAGACCUCUACCUCUGGAGUAGAGGACAUUGGUGGACUUCCUUCUGGAGGAGAGAGUCAUUUAGAGACCUCUGCUUCUGGAGUAGAGGACAUUGGUGGACUUCCUUCUGGAGGAGAGGGUCAUUUAGAGACCUCUGCUUCUGGAGUAGAGGACGUCAGUGGACUUCCUUCUGGAGGAGAGGGUCAUUUAGAGACCUCUGCCUCUGGAGUAGAGGACGUCAGUGGACUUCCUUCUGGAAAAGAAGACUUGAUUGGGUCAGCUUCUGGAGCCUUGGACUUUGGCAGAAUACCUUCUGAAACUCUAGGAAGUGGGCAGGCUCCAGAAGCAAGUGGCCUUCCCUCUGGACUUAGUGGUGAGUAUUCUGGAAUGGACCUUGGAAGUGGCCCAUCUUCUGGCCUGCCCGACUUGAGUGGACUUCCAUCUGGGUUCCCAACCAUCUCCCUAGUGGAUACUACGUUGGUGGAAGUGGUCACAGCCACCCCUGCAGGUGAACUGGAAGGGAGGGGAACCAUUGGCAUCAGUGGUGCUGGAGAAGUAUCUGGGCUGCCGUUCAGUGAGUUGGACGUUAGUGGGGGAGCCAGUGGACUCCCUUCAGGAGCUGAACUCAGUGGCCAGGCAUCUGGGUCUCCUGACAUCAGUGGGGAAACAUCUGGACUCUUUGGUGUCAGCGGACAACCAUCAGGGUUUCCUGACAUCAGUGGGGGAACAUCGGGGCUUUUUGAGGUCAGUGGGAAGCCAUCAGGGUUUCCUGGGGAGACAUCUGGAGUGACCGAGCUCAGUGGACUGCCCUCCGGACAACCAGAAGUCAGUGGAGAAGCUUCUGGAGUUCUCUUUGGUAGUGGUCAACCAUUUGGCAUAACCGACCUGAGUGGAGGAACAUCUGGGGUCCCCGAUCUCAGUGGGCAGCCAUCAGGGUUGCCAGAGUUCAGUGGGACAACCUCUGGAAUCCCUGACCUGGUGUCCAGUGCCAUGAGUGGUAGUGGCGAACCUUCUGGCAUCACAUUUGUGGACACCAGUUUGGUCGAAGUGACUCCAACUACAUUUAAAGAAGAAGAAGGUUUAGGGUCUGUGGAACUCAGCGGCCUCCCUUCCGGGGAAACGGACCCCUCGAGCACAUCCGGGAUAGUAGAUGUCAGUGGACAGUCUUCUGGAGCAAUCGACUCCAGUGGGUUUACAUCCCAGCCCCCAGAAUUCAGCGGUCUACCAAGCGGAGUAGCCGAAGUCAGCGGAGAAGCCUCUGGAGCUGAGAUUGGGAGCAGCCUGCCCUCAGGAGCAUAUGAUGGCAGUGGACUUUCUUCGGGUUUCCCCACCAUCUCUCUCGUAGACAGGACUUUGGUGGAAUCUGUAACCCAGCCUCCAACAGCCCAAGAAGCAGGAGAAGGGCCUUCCGGCGUUCUGGAACUCAGCGGUGCCCAUUCUGGAGCGCCAGAUGUGUCUGGAGACCCUUCAGGAUUUCUGGACCUAAGCGGGCUGCAAUCCGGGCUGGUAGAGCCCAGUGGAGCACCAUCAAGUACUCCGUAUUUUAGCGGGGACUUUUCUGGUACCAGCGAUGUGAGCGGGGAAUCCUCUGCAGCCACGAGCACCAGUGGGGAGGCCUCAGGACUUCCAGAAGUUACUUUAAUCACUUCUGAGUUCAUAGAGGGUGUUACGGAACCAACUGUUUCCCAGGAACUCGGCCAGAGACCCCCUUUGACACAUACCCCCCAACUUUUUGAGUCCAGCAGUGAAGCCUCUGCAUCUGGGGACAUCAGUGGAGCUACAUCAAGGUUCCCCGGUUCUGGGAUAGAAGCGUCAUCAAUCCCAGAAUCCAGCAGCGAGACCUCUGCCUAUCCUGAGGCUGGGGUGGGGGUGUCUGCUGCUCCGGAGGCCAGUGGAGGAGCUUCCUGGUCCCCCGAUCUGAGUGAAACCACCUCUGCCUUCCAUGAAGCUGAUCUGGAGAGAGCCUCAGGCUUGGGAGUGAGCGAUACCACCUCAGCCUUUCAAGAAGGACCCAGGGAGGGCUCGACCCCACCGGAAAUGAGUGGAGCAUCGACCACCACCUAUGAUGUGGGUGCAGAGACAUCGGGCUGGCCUUCGGCCACUCCUGUGGCUUCUGGAGAAAGGACUGAAAUCAGCGGAGACCUGUCUGGUCACGCCUCAGGGCUGGAUGUUGUCAUCAGCACCAGCGUCCCAGAGUUUGAAUGGACCCAGCAGACCGAGCGCCCUGCAGAGGCGCAUUUAGAAAUAGAAUCCUCAAGCCCCUUGCACUCAGGAGAAGAGACCCGAACAGCCGAAACAGCCACCACCCCAACAGACGCUUCCAUCCCAGCUUUCCUAGAAGAGACAAAGGACUCGGAGGCAACCACUGCAGACCUUGAUGAGUGCCUCUCAAGCCCUUGUCUGAAUGGAGCCACCUGCGUGGAUGCCAUCGACUCUUUCACAUGCUUAUGCCUUCCCAGCUACCGAGGGGACCUGUGUGAGAUCGACCAGGAGCUGUGUGAGGAGGGCUGGACCAAGUUCCAGGGCCACUGUUACCGCCACUUCCCCGACCGUGAGAACUGGGUGGAUGCCGAGAGCCGGUGUCGGGAGCAGCAGUCACACCUGAGCAGCAUCGUCACCCCCGAGGAGCAGGAGUUCGUCAACAACAAUGCUCAAGACUACCAGUGGAUUGGCCUCAAUGACAGGACCAUCGAAGGGGACUUCCGCUGGUCAGAUGGACACUCCUUGCAAUUCGAGAACUGGCGGCCCAACCAGCCUGACAACUUCUUUGCCACCGGAGAAGACUGCGUGGUGAUGAUCUGGCACGAGAAGGGCGAGUGGAAUGACGUUCCUUGCAAUUACCAGCUGCCUUUCACAUGUAAAAAGGGCACAGUGGCCUGCGGAGACCCCCCCGUGGUGGAGCACGCCAGGACCUUCGGGCAGAAGAAGAACCGGUACGAGAUCAAUUCCCUGGUGCGGUACCAGUGCACUGAGGGCUUCGUCCAGCGCCAUGUGCCCACCAUCCGGUGCCAGCCCAGUGGGCACUGGGAGGAGCCUCGGAUCACCUGCACAGACCCCACCACCUACAAGCGCAGGCUACAGAAGCGGAGCUCACGGCCCCCGCGGAGAAGCCGCCCCAGCACGGCCCACUGAGGGGGGCUUCAGAACACGCCCAGGAUGCUGAGCCCAGGAGCCUCGCCAGGCUGACUUCUCACAUGGAUGAUGUCCUCUCCUUGUCACUUUCUGUCAUAUAAGGAAUUCCAUUAAAGAAGGAAAAAAAUGAAA